GAAAUCACUUCUUAAUUCGUGCUAUGAUAAAUGAACAAAUUGUUAUUCGAUCCUAUACUCCAAUCAAAAUAUCUUCAGAAUAUUUUGAUUUACUUAUUAAUGUAUAUCUCAAGAACACGUAUCCAAACUAUCCAAAUGGUGGAUUAAUGUCUCAGCAUAUGGAUGAAUUACAUAUUGGUGAUUGCAUCGAAGUAAAGGGUCCGCUUGGUGUAUUCACGUAUAAUGGCUAUGGACAAUAUCAAAUUAAAAAUGGUACUAAAGAGACAUUACAUAAAUGCAAGAAGAUUAGUUUAAUUUGUGGUGGAUCUGAUGAAAUUGCAAUCUGCGACAAAAGAUUCAAAGUAUAUUAUACUUUGGAUGAUCCACCUAAUGAUUGGCCAUAUGUAAAGGGAUAUAUUUCUAAAGCGAUAAUUCAUAAACGGUUGCAUGCGCCUAUGAAAGAUUCUCAAAGUAUUGUACUGACGUGUGGUCCACAACCAAUGUUAGAUUUUGCUUGUAUACAAAAUUUAAAGAAAGUUGGAUUCAAAG